CGCACCAUCAUCUGCUGGGGUUUUACAGCGUGACAAGCGGAGGAGAGAAAAACGGAGGAGAUGCUUUAAAAAAAUAAAAUAAAAUAAAAAACGCCACAGUUUCAAAGACACAAGUUCAUCCGGAGACAUGGACAGCGGACACUACAGCGGUUAUGCCCGGGAGUACUUUGACCGCUUUGUCCAGAGUCAGGACUCCUCAGUUGUGAAUAAAUUUCAGCAGAAAUACUGGAAGACCAAACAGACGCUGAUUAAAGUGACGGGGAAGAAAGAGGACGAGCAUGUGGUCGCCUCGGACGCGGACCUCGACGCCAAACUGGAGGUUUUUCACUCGGUGCAGAGGACGUGCAUGGAGCUCCUCAAAGUGAUAGAACAAUACCAGAGGAGGAUCUGUGUUCUGUCUCAGGAGGAGAACGAGCUGGGACGCUUCCUGCGCUCUCAGGGCUCUCAGGACAAAAGCCGAGCGGGAAAGAUCAUGCAGGCCACGGGGAAAGCUCUCUGCUUCUCCUCUCAGCAGAGGCUGGCGUUGCGCGUCCCGCUCUGCCGCCUGUACCAGGAAGUGGAGACGUUCCGCUACAGAGCCAUCUCAGACACGUGGCUGACCGUGAACAGGAUGGAGCAGGCGAGGACCGAGUACCGCGGAGCUCUGCUGUGGAUGAAGGACGUCUCCCAGGAGCUGGACCCCGACACGCACAAGCAGAUGGAGAAGUUCCGGAAGGUUCAGGCUCAGGUGCGUCUCACUAAGACCGGCUUUGACAAGCUGAAGAACGACGUUUGUCAGAAGGUGGAUUUACUGGGAGCCAGUCGAUGUAACCUGCUCUCACACGUCCUUACUAACUACCAGACUACGUUGCUGCAUUUCUGGGAAAAAACCUCUCACACCAUGGCCGCCAUUCACGAGAGCUUUAAAGGCUGUCAGCCGUACGAGAUCUCGGGGCAGAAGGAGAAUAAAGGAUCUGAUCCAGGAGCAAAGAAACGGACAAAGAAAAAAAGCAAGACGAAAACAGAGGAAGACAGAUCGAGUCCCGCCUUAGAAGACACGCUGAUUUCAAUAGACGAGGAUCAGAAUCCGGACACGGACCAGACAGGAGCCGGUGAGGAAGCGCCACACGGAGAGCUCAGAGCUCAGGACAAGGACGGACUGAGCAUGCUCACCGAGAUCUUCAGCUCUGCCUCCGUAGAGGACGCAGAUUUCUCCCGGGAAUGGAGGGACGUGUUCGGAGAGGACGAGGGCGCGGACGGAGGGACAUCUCCGCUCACAGAUGCUCAUCCUGAGGAGGAAAUGGAGAAGGAGGAAGAGAAGGCUUCGUUCUUCCUCCCGUCCAAACUCCUGGACCAGAACAUCCUCAACCUGCAGUCUGCAGCCUCGGGAUGGAUUUUGGGUAAUCCCAAAAGCUCCUCAGGGCCGAGUGAUCAAACUCCAGCAGCCAGUCAGAUCACGUCCAAACCGUCAGCAAGAGACACUAGCGAAAGUGUGAAGGAUCGCUCUGCAUGGUUCAACCUCUUCGCCGAUUUGGAUCCCCUCACCAACCCAGACGCAGUCGGCAGAACAGACAAGGAGCACGAGCUCUUCACUGCGUAAGAGCAGAAUCCUCCCGCUAGAUUUCUGUCCACUCGGCGGCCGUCUAAGAGACGCUCGCUCGGACGAGGAGAGACACGAGUACCAAAUACAGAUCGCUGUUUUAAAAUACAGUUUAAUUCUCAUCGAAAGUGGUUCAAAUCACUCCAUGUUGAUAUCAGACAUAGAUUCAAUUUGGGAUUGAUGGAAAUUUACAAGUCCACUUGACCCGCUAACGUUUCUUUACUCUAUAAUAAGAACAUUUCACACAUUUCCUAGACUUGUUGUUAUAACCAUGUUAUAACAGCUGCAUAAACGAUUGAUUCACUACUUCCGCUUUUCUGCUCGUCCGUUAUCUGAAGCACUUUAAGGACUCUAAAGGAUUAUUUUCCAGUAUAAUAAUCCCUGCAGAGUAAAACAAAAAAAAAAAAAAAAAAAAUCUCAUGCUGAACCAAAAAUAAAUCAUGUUCAUAGGCCAUAUUUACAGCAUCAUAACCAUGAAAAGAAAACAUUCAUAACAUGUCAUAAUGGCAUUUAUUUAUAUUUAUUUAUUAAGAAGCAUGUUUAUUAUUAUGUUUGUAUCAACGUUACGCGUUAUGAACUGUCAUGAGCAUUAUGAGUAGUGUUCAUAACACAUAUCUCGCGUUAUAAGACAUUAUAUCAGUGUCGCAGGAAUUCCAAGUGUGUGAUUAGUUUCAGAUAUUUUCAAUUAUUAUUCCUUUCGUAUUCUGUAAGUAAAUGUAGUAAACUUCAUAGAAAGCA